CAUCAAUUUGACAGUUGCAAUUGACGUCGCAAAAGCAAAUGAAACUACAGCCAUUAUUCGUUGUUACGGGUUUAAAAAAAAUGUGUAAGUGCCGUUUAGUUUAAAUUUCGGUUUUGAAAUACAUUUACUUUCAACAGUCGUGUAGUGUGAUGAGCCUAUAUGUCCAAACACAAUAGGAAUUUGGAGGACAUCAGUCCCUUAAACGUUAGAAGAUCUUCAGAGUACUCACCACCUUCAAAACGUAAAAAAGAUAUUGUAGAGGUAGAUGAAAACAUGAGUGACAAUUCCAACGACAAAAACAAAAAGUCCAGUAACUUUUCCGACAUUUCCUCUAACGUUAUCGAUGGAAGUUCCCUCAUUCUUAAUCUCAAACCAACCUCUGCCAAGAAAAUCAUUAUAAAAAAUUUAAAAAGCGAACCCAAACUUCCAGACGACUAUCGAGAACAAACUUGGCUUAAGUUAGAAGAAGCAGUUCUAGCGAUUCAAAAUGCCACCCGAAAUGAGUACUCGUUGGAAAUCCUGUACCAGGCGGUUGAAAAUAUGUGCAAUCAUAAGAUGGGAUACAUGAUCUACAAUAAUCUCAGAAAAAUUACGGAGGGACAUGUUCGCCGAUCGAUCGAGCAGUUUCUCGCCGAGAAUAUGGAUAGGUUUUUGUUUUUAAAGAAAAUGAACGAAACGUGGCAAGCGCAUUGUCGUCAAAUGAUUAUGAUUCGCAGUAUAUUUUUAUAUCUAGAUCGCACGUAUGUUUUGCAGAACCCUCACAUUCCGUCAAUCUGGGAUAUGGGUUUGGACUUAUUUCGUCAAUAUAUAAUGGCCAAUACUUUAGUGCAAACUAGAAUAGUGGAAGGUUUGUUGAUGCUCAUCGAAAAGGAGCGGCAAGGUGACGCUGUCGAUCGUACCUUGUUGAAAUCUCUGUUGCGGAUGUUAACCGACCUUCAAAUUUACCUGAAAGCUUUUGAAGAAAAGUUUUUGGUUGCGACUGAACGUUUAUAUGCAGCUGAAGGUAUGAGGUUAAUGCAAGAAGUUGAGGUACCUCAAUACUUGAACCACGUCGAAAAGCGCCUCAUCGAAGAAAAUGAACGUAUCCUACAUUAUUUAGACAACAGCACAAAACCAAGACUAAUCCAUACGGUAGAGAAACAGCUUCUAACCGAGCACGUCAGUAACAUACUUCAAAAAGGUUUGGACGGUUUGUUGGAAGAGAACCGCCUUCACGAUCUCACCUUGUUAUAUUCGUUGUUCGGACGUAUAAAACACGGACACGCCGAGCUUUGUGUCGCGUUUAACGCUUACAUAAAAAAGUUUGGCCGUACAAUUGUGAUAGAUCCCGAGAAAGAUAAGACAAUGGUGCAAGAGUUACUCGAUUUCAAAGAUAUGAUGGAUAACGUCGUCACGACCUGUUUUAAUAAAAACGAAAAGUUUAAUAACUCUUUAAAAGAGGCCUUCGAACAUUUUAUUAAUCAAAGAGCGAACAAACCUGCAGAAGUAAUCGCUAAAUUCGUGGAUUCCAAACUGAGGGCUGGAAAUAAAGAAGCGACUGAAGAAGAACUGGAGCGGCUCUUGGACAAAAUAAUGGUCCUGUUCCGUUUCAUCCACGGUAAAGACGUCUUUGAGGCUUUUUACAAAAAAGAUUUAGCGAAAAGAUUGUUGGUCGGUAAAUCGGCCAGUGUGGACGCCGAAAAGAGUAUGUUAAGUAAACUGAAGCAGGAGUGCGGCGGCGGAUUCACGUCGAAACUGGAGGGAAUGUUUAAGGAUAUGGAAUUAAGUAAAGAUAUUAACGUUGCCUUUAAACAGCACCUAGUGACUGCCACAGUUCAUUACUCUGAAAACUACGUACCUGUUGAUAUGACUGUAAAUAUACUAACGAUGGGGAACUGGCCCAAUUACCCGUUAAUGGACGUCAAUAUGCCCGAAGAUAUGGUCAGGUUAUUGGAGGUCUUUAACAAAUUUUACAUAAGCAAGCACAGUGGACGGAAGCUAACUUGGCAACCUACCUUAGGUCACUGCGUUUUGCGCGCUCAAUUUCGUGGGGGACAAAAGGAACUAUUGGUCUCCUUGUUCCAAGCAUUGGUACUUUUGCUGUUCAAUGGUGCAAUGGAACACUCGUUUGAAUACAUUAAGGUAGCAACGAAUAUAGAAGACGGAGAACUCCGUCGCACAUUACAGUCACUUGCCUGUGGAAAAGCUCGUGUUCUAUUGAAAUCCCCCAAGGGACGAGACGUCGAGGACCACGACAAAUUCCGCUUUAAUAACGAUUUCACGAACAAACUGUAUCGCAUCAAGAUCAAUCAAAUUCAAUUAAAAGAAACCACUGAAGAACAGAAGGCAACCGAGGAGAGAGUCUAUCAAGAUCGACAAUACCAAAUUGACGCCGCCAUUGUUCGUAUUAUGAAAAUGCGAAAAACACUCAGCCAUAAUUUACUCAUAAGUGAAUUAUACCUACAGUUAGAGUUUCCAGUCAAACCCGCCGACCUUAAGAAGAGAAUAGAAUCUCUCAUCGAUCGAGAUUAUAUGGAGCGUGACAAAGAUAAUCCCAAUCAAUACAACUAUGUCGCUUAAAUAGUUCACCUUUAGUAUUUUGUUCUUGUUCUUGUGGUUAUUUUAAAACAUUCUGAUCGGCAUUGCUCUUACUUUCAAGGAACGAAUUACUCAAACAGUCUUCUAAAGCCGGUACAUUGUUUUGCUUAAUUUGUUUAUCUUUUUUAUUUUUACUUUACAGUUUGACUAAACCAAACAUAUGGAGUGCCUGGAAUAGGGCCUUACAAUCCCUUCUGUUUUACACAUAUUGUUUCUGCGAUUAAAAUUUGUAACUUAUCCAUUGUAUAUAAGAUUUUGCGAUGAUAACUUGAAUAGCAUAGUAUACAAUCUAGUCUUUAAGUUUCAUAAAAUAAAUCAAGGGUUCAUUUGUUUUUAAGCUGUAAAUACGUUCUUAUCAUUUCUCUGAAAAAAACAUUUGUUUCAAAUAAACGAUGUAAAUACAGA